AAUCUUCAUUUCAUUUUUAUAUUUUGUUAUCCUGAUUUUUUUUGUUGAUAUACCCUAUCGGCUUAGAUCCGGUCGAUCUCGGGAGAGAAAUUGUCAUUCUGAUUAAAGUGCAUAGAUCUAUUGAUUCCUAGAAAUGAAUCCGUUGAAUCUAGCCACCACAAGCUCACCACCUCCAGUUGCUAAUGAUCUCUUGGUGAAGCGAAAGAGAGGCCGUCCACGCAAAGAUGAAACCACAACACAGCCUCAACAAGAAAACGUUAACCUGGUUGGUAAGACGGUUACUGCUGUGAUCGCAGGAUCUUUCGACAAGGGGCACAUCGUCAAUGUCAAGGUGAACGACAGUGACACGGAACUGAUAGGUUUCGUGUUCAAGAAGGGAAAAGUCACUCCGGUAGCUCCUGAAAACGACGUGGCUCCUCAUGUUAAAAUGUUCGCGAAAGAAGGAAUCAAGAACCAAACUGAUCUCCCUCCUAAUGAUCAACCAGUGAAAGAUGUGGAGAUCUGUGAAUCUGCUCGACCGUUGUCUCUAGUGCCGUAUCAGAGCGAUGACGAAGAACCCAAGGAAGCUGUGGUGGAGGAGAGAGAUGGAGUUAUGGAAGAAGGAGAAGCUGCGACUCCUUUGCUGGAGAUUUUUCCAACUCCGGAGGCGACCGUGGUGGCUUCUCAACAGAAUCUUGCCUUGGCACAGAAAGAAGAGGCUACAGGUGAGGCUCGUGGGUUUGGUGUUGAGGAACCUGUUGGUCCGGUAGAGAAAGUGCCGCAGGAGCUUAGGCUAGAGCUUGGGAACAAGAUGAUAAUGAGUGGAGACAACAAAAAUGGAACAGGUCCUAACACAUCUGUGUCCAAGAGUGGCUUCAUAGCGAAUUUGCUUGAAGGAGAAGGCAAGAAGGUUGACUGUGCCAUGGAGGAAGAAGCAGCUCCAUCAGUUCCUUAGUUAACAAAAUGAACACCGUUCUGUUAUUUUAUAUUUUAAGACUCCCCAUUGCCUAUUCCGUUUUUUUUUUCUUGUUUUAGUUGUUUGUUUAAAACAUAUUUGUGUUCAGUGUUUGUUGUAAAACUAUUUCUUCGUCUGGUUAUUCAAGCAUUUGUUUCCUUUAAA